GCCGUGUUAAUUACACAUGCAACUUAAGUGUUCAGUCUUCUGACCUGUUCCACCUACACAGGGCAUUUUAUGGCUUAAGGAUGAUGGCUUAGGAAGGAAAGGAGAGAUUUAAUUUGGAUUAAAUUCAAUAUGGGAAAAUGCUUAAGCCACUACAAAGAGGAUGAGAACUACCAACUAAAUUAUCCUGCAGAUCAAGUUCCUUCAGACUCCCUGCACCAUGGAACCUCUUUUACUCAUCGAACUCUAUCUCUUGAUCCUAAAAGAGCUCAUCUAUCUGCAAUAUUUAAUGUCAGUUCACGUAGAGAAAGUAAAAAUUUAUGUUCUCCAUCAAAUGCAUCUUUCUUUGGAAGAAGACAUUCUUUAUUUGCCAAAUUACAGAAAAGCAAUAUUUUCCCUGACCAUCAACAAGGUAGAGCUAACUUUGACUUUCAAGAAAAAAGAAACUCCAGUGAUUCGAAAUCGUCCUCAAACCAUCGUGGCCUUAGAUCCCAAAGACUUUUCUCUGCCCCUAAACUAAGUAUAAUCUCCUGUUAUGAUAUUGCUGGUUUUUUUGAUCUUCAAUCAAGUGGGCAUAACAUCUUUAAUCCAGAUGAAAUAGUUUCUAAAAACCCAAGUAUUAGUGGUGCUGAAAAAUACCUAAGCUCUCGUUCUUCUGGAUAUAAUAUUACACAUUUUAUGAGUUUGGGAGCAAAAGCUAAUCCUUCAACCUUUCCGAACACCAUUGGUGGAAACACCUGUCAACACAGCACAGCAACCAUCCUUUCUCUUCCAGCUAUUAUUUCCUAUUCCUGUCAACAAAAUGAAACUGCCACCAACAUUGAAGAAAGAGGCCAAUUAAGGAAAGUUUCCCUUCAUCCUGGUUCUCAAAGUCACCGUACAGAUCAUUCUCUACCUGUGAUUCAGCAGCAUCCCUCUCAAAGAGUAACUUCCCCUGUUUUGUGUAAUGUUGGAUUUUCUUCACUUUAUAAAAAUGCUACUCGCUUUAUUCCACCUCAGAAUGAUGUUGCUUCAGAUUCCUUUGAAGAUGAAAACAUUGCUAUUUCAUCUCAAGAUGAAGACAGAUCUUCAUCUAUUGCAAUUCCUAAAAUAAGGUAUAUUACAGCUAAUACUGACACAGAAGAACAGAGUUUUCCAGUCUCUAAGGCAUUUAAUACACACAUAGAGGAAUUAAAUUUAGAUGUCCUUCUUCAAAAGGCUGAUAAUUUACGUAUGAAUGAAUGUGGCAAGAUGGAGAGUUUUGAACUACUUUGUGAUCACAAAGAAAAGUUUAGAGAUGAAAUAGAGUUUACUUGGCGAUUAACUCGUGCUUAUGGAGACAUGUAUGAGCUAUCUACUAAUGCACAAGAAAAGAAACAUUUUGCCAAUAUUGGAAAGACAUUAGGAGAAAGAGCUAUUACUAGAGCACCCACGAAUGGACAUUGUCACUUGUGGUAUGCAGUUUUGUGUGGCUAUGUAUCUGAGUUUGAGGGCUUACAAAACAAAAUCAACUAUGGACAUCGCUUCAAGGAACAUCUAGAUAAAGCAAUCCAAUUUUUACCUGAAGAACCCUUUUUGUAUUACCUCAAAGGAAGAUACUGUUAUACUGUCUCCAAACUGAGCUGGAUUGAGAAAAAAAUGGCUGCUACUCUGUUUGGAAAAAUACCAUCCUCAACAGUGGAAGAAGCUUUGCAAAAUUUCCUUAAGGUUGAAGAACUACACCCUGGUUUUUCUAAGUCCAAUUACUUGUACUUGGCCAAGUGUUACAUUGAUCUUGAACAAGCAGAUAACGCUGUGAAGUUUUGUAAUUUGGCAGUGUUGCUUCCUUGUGUUACCAAAGAGGAUAAAGAUGCACAGAAAGAAGUGAAAAAAAUAAGCACUUCCUUGAAGAGGAUGAUGUGCUCAGAUUUGAAGGUAAAAUCACAUUUCUUCAGAAUGCAUUCCACAAGUAGACAAAACUAAUCAUGUUAUUUGAAGAAAUCAACUUCCCGUAAUGUCAGUAGAAAAUUAUCUUUAAACAUGUAUGAUUAUAUUUUUCCUAUCAAUAAACAUAGUCUUCAGAAUAUUUCUUUAAAUAAAAUAUUUAAAU